CCUCCUCCUCCUCUCCUCCUCCUCCUGCGCCUCCUCCUCCUCCUCACAGUAGCACGCUCCGCUCCACACUAGAGCCCUCUGUCUAUCUCCCUGUCAGCAACCAGACCAGAUAACGAGUAUCAGCCGUUAGGAACAUCUGUAAAAAUCCGUCAUCAUGUCCUCAGUUCUGCAGAAGUUGAUCAGCCCUCUGGCCAGCGGCCCCGCCGAGCCUCCCAGGAACAAAGUGACGGUGGUCGGGGUGGGCCAGGUGGGCAUGGCCUGCGCCGUCAGCAUCCUGCUGCGGGACCUGUGUGAUGAGCUGGCUCUUGUGGAUGUGAUGGAGGAUCGUCUGAAAGGAGAGAUGAUGGACCUGCAGCACGGCAGCCUCUUUCUCAAGACCUCCAAGAUAGUGGCUGACAAAGACUACGCAGUGACAGCCAACUCCCGCCUGGUCGUCGUGACAGCCGGUGUUCGUCAGCAGGAGGGUGAGAGCCGCCUCAACCUGGUGCAGAGGAACGUCAACGUCUUCAAGUCCAUAAUCCCCCAGAUCAUCAAGCACAGCCCCAACUGCACACUCAUCGUGGUCUCCAACCCUGUUGAUGUGCUGACCUAUGUCACCUGGAAGCUGAGCGGUCUGCCCAAGCACCGUGUCAUUGGCAGCGGCACCAACUUAGACUCAGCCCGCUUCCGUUACCUGAUGGCUGAGCGCCUCGGCAUCCACGCUACCUCCUUCAACGGCUGGGUGCUGGGCGAGCACGGAGACACCAGCGUGCCUGUGUGGAGCGGUGCAAAUGUGGCUGGAGUCAACCUGCAGAAGCUGAACCCUGAGAUUGGCACUGAUGCUGAUAAAGAACAGUGGAAGGCCACACACAAGGCUGUUGUGGACAGCGCCUACGAGGUGAUCAAGCUGAAGGGAUACACCAACUGGGCCAUUGGCCUGAGUGUGGCUGACCUGACUGAGAGCAUCAUCAAGAACAUGAGCAGAGUACAUCCUGUCUCCACCAUGGUCAAGGACAUGUAUGGUAUCGGUGAGGAGGUCUUCUUGUCUCUGCCCUGCGUGCUGAACAGUAACGGUGUGAGCAGCGUGGUCAACAUGACCCUGACAGACGCUGAGGUGGGCCAGCUGAAGAAGAGUGCCGACACACUGUGGGGCAUCCAGAAGGACCUGAAGGACAUUUGAACACACCUGCACACGUAGUGCACACCAUUGAUGCAGAGGCCUGAGACAUUCACACACUCCUUUUAUACUGUCCCUCUCUCUUAGAUUGUGUCGCUCACAUUUUAAAGGAUGAUACCAGUGUUUUUCUUGAACGUUGUCGUCAGACCUGACAUGGCUAUUUCCAUAUCAGUGCUCAGUCAGUCACCUGACACCUGAAAAAUCUAAACACUCGUAUGCUCCUUUAAAAAAAGCUAAUUUUCCUCCCAAACAGCUCGUAGACUGAAGUUUCUGUGUCCCUGUGUUUGUGUUAGGAGAUGUAAACUGACCUCUGUCAUGUGCUCUGUAUGGAUUCUUGUGUUUCAGCUGUUUAGAUCAGGAUCAAACACAACCUUCAAAAAGCCUUAAGUGUCAAAGUCCUCCUUCAGCACUUCCUGUACCAAGUCGUUCACUUAAAUCCCUGCAGGGAAUCACUGCACUGAGAGAAAGACCCUUAACGUCUAGAGUAAGACCCUAAAAAUCCAACUGCCUUCAUCUGAACGUGGUACAGCACACAGUGACUGCACUCUUAGGUCAACACAGGUUUAGCUGACAAUGUGAGUGUGAAGGUGCUUUUUUUCUUCCCCUCUGGUUUCCUUGGUGUUGGCAAAGGGAGAUGGAGUGAAAGAGGAGGAGUGGUUUCAUCCAGCUCGAGUUGUGUUUUUUUAAGCAUCAUUUUCUGACUGUGACCUUGUGUUGGAAACUGUUUUGGAAAGUGUAACGUCUAAUUUAAUAAACUGAACCUCAUGAAGGGA